AUGAAAUCCACUGAAUUUUCUUCAAGUGGAUUGAGUGAAGGAUCCCGAGUGUUUUUAGCAGAUUGUGCAUUAAUCGCUGUUGAAAACGUGAAGGUGGGAGAUAUAUUAUUGUCUGCAGAUGGUAAUACUUCGGAAGUAGAGGGAAUCAGAGAAUGUAUUGGGAAAUCAGUCAAUGUGACACAGCUGUCCAAGCAUGAUACAGAACGUGCGGAAUCCAUGCCUUUCGGAUUGACGGAAAUUUGCAUCUCUGAGAAUCAGUUGCUCAUGUUCAGCACUAAGCAGCGGGUCAAAACGUUGAAAAAGAAGGAGAAAACAAUUGUUGAAGUGACAGAAGUUUCGAAGAAUGCCUUGAAUGGUAAAGUAUCAAUGCCCAGAACUGGUUCAAAAGUCUUUAAUAAGAAUGCUAGUGUCACUGAAAUCAAGGAACAUAUUAGAAGAAAGACUUCGGAAUCUUCAGAUGGCAAAUUUAGACUACAUUGUUCUGUCAAAGAUUUGGAAUCAUUAAAUAAAGAGUUGAGAAUUGCUUCUAGAUUACUGUUAUGUCCUAUUUCGCUUGAAAUACCGGUCUUGGAACCAUGGUUGGAGAUGUUCUUUUCAGAGAAAGUAACGGCACAACAAAUCGAGGCAAUGGCUUGGCUGCUUGGAUUCUGGAUUGGUGAUGGUCACAAGAGAGGCGCGACAUUUUCACUCCAUUCAGAGGAUACUGAUGUGAAUGAAAUGUUACGAAACUCUGCAGCACUGUUGAACAUGAAACUAACCAUUAAGAGAAGGGGAGAUGGAGGUUUUUUUGCCGUAGGGACCUUACAUACACUCGACGGCUCAUGGAACAAGAACAGCCCUUUAACCACUGCUCUGAAAGACUUGAGGUUUUACAUGAAUGGAAAAAGAGAUGAUAAGAAAAAUGUCCCCGAUUUUAUGAGAACCGAAACCAGAACGGUCAGGGAAUGUUUUAUGGCAGGUCUAAUUGAUUCUGAUGGCUGUUCACGCAAUGAUCAUGGCACUGUCAAAGUAAAAAUUCCUACAGCAUUUCCACCUAUCAGAGAUGGAAUUCUGUUUAUUGGGCGCUCAUUGGGGUUGAACAUUACAGUGACAUUUGAGCCUGAAAGACAAAGAGAGAAUUUUCACCAAAGUGACACUUGGAUCUUUCAUUUAUUACUAGGUGCAAAUAAAGAGAUAUUCUGGUCAAUUUUGAACAGAUGUUCCUGUGAAAGGAAAAGAAGUCCUCCAAUUAUUGGUCCUUCUAAAGCAUUAGCAGACAUGCCUGCUACGCAUCACACGGAAAGUACAGAAAAUGGUUUUAAUAUGAUGCCAAUCACAUUCAAAUUUUCGGACUCUGGCACUAAAAGACUUUUUGACAUUUUUCUAAAAGAUGCAUCUGCAAGUUACAUUACUGAGCAGCAGCUGAUUUGCUUCAGUGCUUCACAUGGAGGAGGAUUAGUGGAAUCAAGUGACAUUCCCAGUGAGUCGUUUAUAGCUGAGGAGAAAAAUUUCUGUUUCUCCUGCUCAAGAGCCAAAGACAGCUCUUUCGAAGAUGUUCCUUGGGCGGUUGAGUACACCUGGUGCAGUCAAUGCCGUAAAAGGUAUCAAAUAACUGGGGCCAUUUGUUUAAAUCCGAAGUGUAGGAAAAUACCUUCAGAAAACGAAAUUGAAAAAAUGCGUAACAAAAAUUUCAGUAGGUUGUGUUGUUUAGAGUGCAAUCAUGGUACCAAAUUAGAGAAGCGAAAGGUGCAGGAACCUGUGGUCUCCAAAUUUCCGGAAAGAAGGUGCCACAGCUGUAGUGCUUCGACCACCGUUAGGUGGUUGAAAUUGCCGUGGGACAAGAAGUCCACACUAAGAAUCUGUCGGUCCUGCAGCCACAAGUUUAAUAUGACGAACCAAAGAUGUCUCAAUUCAGAAUGUUGCAAACUUUUUGGUAAAAAUGAAUUAAAAGAACUUGUUGCGAACUCACUUUCUGAAAUCGAUGAUCAGAAUGAAUGCUUACCUUGCCCGAGGUGUCAAAUGCCGACAACGAUUAAGCGAGCAUAA